CCAGUUAUGUUUCCAACAUCUUGUUGAAUCCAUGCCACGAAGAAUUUAGGCUAACCAGUAUUAGUAUGGUACUUCUAAAAAAUACUCAGAGAAUGCAGAUUUCUGUAAAAAUCGUUUCAGUGCAAUUCAACUCAACUGCCCUUCAGAGGACAAAUACUCUAUUUACAAGCCUAAUCUUGCAUUGACAGUCACCUGUGAAGAAUAGGUGAGAUGCUGAAACUCUGGUUGAGGCUGUGUGGCUACUCUAACUUGUUACCAUGGCCUCGCACAUGCAAUAUACUCACUGAGGCCAAACUUUUAUUUAUUGCACAGAAUCCUUUCCAUUCUAUAUCCUAAAUGGUCAGGAGUGUUUUGACAGCAGUAGGUGGGCACGUUUCCGACCGCCCUUGAAUGCAGCAGAGGCCGGAGCUUCACACAUGCUGCACACAGAGCUGCACUGAAGUAGACAUACAUCCACUCAUUAGGUGCCUGUGCUACUCAGGACUUCAGAGAGCUUUGAGAGAAGAUUUGUUAACCUGCACUGAAACUUGUGGAUCAGGAAUCGAAACACUGUCAGAGGAGGAAACCUUUGUUUCAGAGAAGUGGAUCUAUCAUGACUGCGAGGAUUCAGGGAGCAGCGGCCCGGGACAAACCAGUGCCAAAGAGCCGAGCAGCAGAGAUGAUGGCGAGAGUCAGGAGAGCUCUGUGCCUGGUGCUGGGCAUGCUCAGUCUGUCCCUGCUGCUGGUGGUGCUGGGAGUCUACACAACCACCCGAACAGAGAGCCUGGAUGUGACUGGCUACAGCUCUGGAGUUAUUCUGACCCUUGGAUCGUUCCUGGGACUUCUGGGACUCCGCCUGGAAGAAAACCGCAAGCAGCUGCUGACGGCUGCGAUCGUAUUCCUCAGCUUUGGGAUCAUCACCUCUUUUCUGUGCGUGGUGAUUGAUGGCGCCUGUAUUGUGUUAAGCAUGGACAUGCGUCCACUGAAAGCAGAGAGAUGCCAGUUCUACAGCAGCGGCGGCAGCUACAUCUACGAGAAUUUCUACACCUCUGUGUCUUGUUGGAAUCUAAAGGAGUCCUGUACCAUGACAGUACGAAGUGGGACCUGCUACUGCUGCGACCUGUACAACUGCGCCAAUGGAGGCUACCUCAGCAACUACUAUGAGUUUGUUGGAGUACGAAGCUGCGAGGAAGUUUUCACCAUCUACAUUUUGAUCUGGACCCUCACCGGCCUCAACCUUGUGGCCUUCUUCACAGGGAUACUGACCACAGCGGUGCUCGGCAGCAUCAAGGACUCGAGCAGUGGCCCUGUGACCAAGCCCUCCGAGAGCGCGCCGUCUUCCCCCACAGCUCCUCUGCUGAUGGAUGCCAACGUGCACACAGUUCAUCAGUCCCACCCAGGAGCCUCGAUGUAUUUCCCUCCAGCAGAAAACGCAGCUGCCUCACAGGGUUUCCCUCCUUCAUCAGCUCCUCCUCCCUUCGCCCCGCCAACUAGCGCACUGCCUUUCAGAGUCCAUGGCCUCUCUGCCUGAACUCCAUCAGCAGCUUUUUAAACCAGAAAAUGAGCAAGAAAUUAUUAUUAUUAUUGUUGUUGUUGUUGUGUCGUUAACUUUCGUCAAUGUUGUGAGGAAGGGAAGCUGAAAUAACUAAAAGACAGAAAUGCUGUUCUGAAUAUUAAGCAAAAAUAUAUUUCGUUUUCUAAACAUCCAAAAGCAGGGAAGUUUCGUGGAAAGUGCCUCCUGCUGCAUUCAAUUGUAUGAAAAGUUUAUACACAUUUUAAACAUAUAUUACUGUAUUUUUGCUCAAAACAUAAAAGUGAUGAGUUGUAAAAUGUUUGUAAAUGAAAUGUCGCAUUAAGUGUUUCAUCAGUCGACUGCAUGUGUACACAAGGGUGUUUUCGCAAACAUCAGUGAAAUCACAUGUGAACAUGAACCAAAUUCAGGCAAUAGUGUUGUCAUACAGCCAAACAUAGUCCGAUGCAAGUGUUUGUAAAUGUGUGUGUGGUGUCACCUGUAUGUGAGUUUAUGUCCUGUGAAGUGUGACUCAGAUGACUGAUCUGAUGAUCUGACUGUGCUGCCACUAAAUCGAAAUGAGGACAGUAACUUGAAUCUCAGUGACACCCACAGAUAUGUUUUAUACAUUAUAAGGGAUUAAUCCAUGAAUUUUUUUAUUAAAUAAAUGAUUUGUCAAAAGAGA